AUGCUUUACAGUUCAAGAUUCCUGGAAAUUGACAUUCCAGAUUCAUUUUGGAAGAUUCAAAAGUUGCCCUCGGCAACAAGAGCAAUCACCUCUAUAUAUCUGGUGUUGUCUAUUUUCCUUUUAUUUAUUAGAUACCAAUCAUACAGUCAGCUUGAUGAGGUCACUAGAGGAAACACAAGUUUCGCUGAAAUUACCUUCCCAAUACUACAAAUGGUUCCUGAUAAAAUGAAAUAUUAUCCAUUUUCAAUAGUGUUAUCCAAUUUUAUAGACACAGAACUCUGGAAAUUUAUAAUCAAUCUAUUGAAUUUGUCUAUAGGUGGUGCUUACAUUGAGCGUAAUUGGGGUUCUUCGAGGGAAAUAUUUAAGUUUACCAUUCUCUUAGGUACUAUUACCAAUGUAGUUGUUGUAUUAUUCACAUUUGCAAUGUCAUUUAUAUUUGAUGGAAUUUCAUUGAGUAAGCCAAUUGACGGAAAUUACACAAUCUUAAUAGGGUUCCCAAUUAUCUAUAAACAAUUAUUGCCAGAAACAACGAUAUUUGAAAUUAAGAACAUACCGUUGAUUUCAAAAAAUUUUAGGUUCAAAUUACUACCAAUUUUUGUUAUCUGCGUGGUUACAUUAGUCCAAUUAAUUUGGUUACACCAUUUUGCUCAAUUGAUAAGUAUUUGGCUAUCAUUUGUAUCUUGCUGGGUUUAUUUAAGAUUCUAUCAAACUUUAAGUUUAGCUGGUGACAAUUCUAAUGCAGAAGUUGCGUUUGCUGGUGACACUUCAGACACUUUCCAAUUUAUCUACUUGUUCCCUGACGUUGUCAAGCCUUUGCUGAGACCAAUAUUUGACUUGAUAUAUGAUAUUGUUUGUGUUAAAUUGAGAUUAAUACGUCCUUUAGAACUAUCUGAUAUUGAAAAAGGUAAUUCCAUAGCUGAGCAAAGAGGUGCUAAACCACUGGAAGGAUCUGCUACAAGUAAAGAUGAAGAAAGACGUAGACAAAAGGCCCUUGAAGUGUUGCAAGAAAGAAUGAGUUGA